CAGACUCGGGCGAGCCCAGCAGCGCCAGGAGUCCAGCUUGCCCUGCCCUGCCCUGCCCUGCCCUGCCUGCCUAGCGCGGCGCCGCGAUGUGAGACUCCCCGGGCCGGAGAGUCCGCAGGUCACGCCAGCUCCACGAGCGCAGCACCCCGCGCGCCAGGAACGUUGUGAGGACUGAGCACAAGAAAGGGAGGGCCCCUCGUCUCAGACUCCAGUGUGCAUCUCAGCAUCUAGCUCACUGCCCAUCUCAGAGAGGAAACUGAGACAGCCGCAGCACCAUCUUCUCUUAGGCCCCGGGUGGGGCCUGGCCACAUUCUUCUCACCCUACACUGGGACCUGGGGUCUGGAAGUCCAGCAGGAACGAUGGCUGAGGCCAGUGUCUCCCCAUGUCCCUCAGCAGAAGAAAAAAUGGCAGGCAAACAGCCCCCUCCGCUCAUGAAGAAGCACAGCCAGACGGAUCUUGUGAGCCGCUUGAAGACCAGAAAGAUCCUGGGUGUGGGCGGGGAGGAUGAUGACGGCGAAGUGCACCGGUCCAAGAUCAGCCAGGUUUUGGGCAACGAGAUAAAGUUUGCUGUGCGGGAGCCUCUGGGGCUCAGGGUCUGGCAGUUUCUUUCUGCUAUGCUGUUCUCCAGUGUGGCCAUCAUGGCCCUUGCCCUCCCUGAUCAGCUCUACGAUGCAGUUUUCGAUGGGGCUGAGGUCACAAGCAAGACCCCCAUCCGCCUCUACGGUGGUGCCCUCCUUAGCAUCUCCUUGAUCAUGUGGAACGCACUCUACACAGCCGAGAAGGUGAUCAUCCGCUGGACUCUGCUCACUGAGGCCUGCUACUUUGGGGUGCAGUCCCUGGUGGUCACUGCCACGCUUGCUGAGACCGGCCUCAUGUCCCUGGGGACCGUGCUGCUCCUGGCCAGCCGCCUCCUCUUUGUUAUUGUCAGCAUCUACUACUAUUACCAAGUCGGCCGGAAACCCAAAAAAGUGUAGCAGGCUGGGACCUGCCUGGGCCUGGACCUGGGCCCGAGCAGCUGGGGACUUCACUGUCCAUGGGUCCUAGACAGGCCUGCAGGCAGGCAGGGUGCACACGCCUUCCUUCCCUCCCAGACACUCCACGGAGUCAUCUUGGAUCUCCUGGGAUUCUAGGAGUGACAAGCAAGGCUGUGGCCUCUGCACCCCACCCCUCACCCCUAUGCAGGGACAGCUCCUUGCCCUGUGUUUCUUGGCCUCUAGACUCUAACAGGCACCGUCUAGAGUAAGUUUUAGGGUCUGGGCUGAGUCAAGGUGAGUUCCUCUGCCAGGAAGCCCUUUCUAGGAGGUUGUGUCGGCUCCAGCAGGGGCUCUCAGCUUCUCCCCAUCUAGAAACCCGAUGUGUGAGCCCCUCAUCACACACACACGCACACGCACACGCACACGCACACGCACACACGCACGGUGUUUCUAGAGAUUCAGUUGAGGUCAUCUAGCAAGGGGAGUGACUGCCUCCCUUGGGCCAAGUUCACCAUCCUCAGCCUGCACAUCUCUCUCUUUGGCCUGCUGGAGGGUGUUCUGAUUCUCUGGCUGGCCACCUGAGUCCCAGAGCACCAGAGUCCCUUCCCGACAGGCCAGGGUUAGGCAAUAUACCACAGGCCUGACAGUCCCUGGCUCCUGGCUGCCCAUAGGCUCCUAGUGCAUGAGGAACUCUGAGGAGAGGACAAGUGGGGACAUUUCCUUGGCAUGGCCUCCAAGGCCUGCAUGGCUACACACCUGGCUCACUGCCUCCUCCAGAUCCCCUCCUGAGGCUGCCCCAAGGCCUAAGGGUUAAAGCCAGCAGCUGCUCACAUGCAACAACGGAAGGAGAUUCAAGAGUCUGCCAUCCCUUAGCAGACCCCAAGUGGGCCUCUAGAGCUGAAGACACACCCCUGGUGCCACCAGCCUGUGUGGCCCCUCCCCUUGGUCCUAGCUCCCAGCACCUCCCUACCCUUCAGCAGCAAGCACACUAAGUAAGAGAUUUGGCCCGAGGCUUCUCCCUUCUGCAAGGGGGUGGUCCCCUAUACCCAAGGAAUCUUUCUCUAGGGCACCUGGGCUCACAGCCUCCCUGGGCUCGGUUGUUCCUGCUGCCAAGUGCUCUGUGACCAUGGCCUUUGCCUAGUGGCGGGGACUCAGGGACUUUUCAGUGGAGGACGUGCCCAGCAGUGGCCGGGGCUGCUUCUGUAACCAAGGUCUGGCAGAGUAGCGAUUCCCUGCGUGUUCAGGAAGGGCCCGUUGUGUAUACCUGCCUCUUGUCACUGGCUUGAUGCCAGUCCCUCAGUCCCACCUCUUUACUCGGAGCAUGGACCCUGCCACUGCCAGCUCUUAGUACAGUCCCAACUGCUGUAGACCAGGUGACAUUUGUUGACGCCGUUCUCAGAGGUGAAGAUUUAUCCUCUUGAAUCCUCCACGAAUACAGAUACAGUCCCAAGGGAGGUAGUCGUAGAAAUGGAAGACGCCAGCCCUGCGCUUCCCCUCAGCAGCUGGAGCUGGCAGGGCCUGCCCCAGGAGUGGUGCCCAGGUCACCCUGGUUAAACUGCAGUGAUACAUUUAGGUGGGUGGGGUCAAGGCCAGAUCAAGGCUGGCAUAUGUGGCCUCCGGGAGACACCUGCUUGGAAGGAGGCAGUGAUGGAGAUAAGAGCCCCACUCUGAGUCUGGGCUCAGGGUGCCCUGACUGCUCUCCCCCACCCCACCCCCAGCUCCUCUUGUCAUGCUUCUGCCUGGCCCCCAAGACUGCCUCUGUCAUGGUCACUAUUUAUUCUUGGUCCCUUUUUCUUUUUGUAAGAAACGGUCACAAGAAA